AUGGUUUACCUUAGGCGGGCACUUGUCAUCGUCGCCGUCGGCUUCGUCCUCGGCCUGGGCGUGGCGACGGCUCGACCCGGCUUCGUCGACUGCCACAGGAACUCCAAGAUGGCCGUGGCCAAGGCUCACGGGGCCAGCAGCGAGUUGGUUGGGGAACUCGACAAGACGUCUCCCGACCUGCUUCACCGGCUGCUGCAUGCCUAUCUCCCCGAGAGAUACCAGCACGGCGUCUUUGCCUCGGACGCCGAAGCCAUUGAUGCCAUCCAUGAGAACGACCCUUCUGUUGCCUCUGCCAUUGUCCAGAUCGCCAAGAGACAGGAGGACGGCUCGAGCAACAGCAACACGACCAUCCCCAGCAGCCCUUCAAGCACUGCUCCGCCCGCCUCGGCCACGGAGUCGGCGUCGGACUCCUCGACUACUGCGGAUGCAAACGCUCAGUCGACGACGGAUGCCCCAUCGUCCACGCCGACUCCUUCGGACACGAGUGCUCAGCAAACGUCUACUCCUGAUUCUACCUCAUCGGAUAUCACCACUACGGCUGCUUCCUCCUCUCCCACUACCGCUCCGGAGUCCUCCACCUCUUCUGGUAGGUUGUCGUCAGACAUCGCCUCGUCUUUUACUACUUCGGAUGCGUCCACCUCUGCUUCUGAUACUUUGCCCCCUUCCUCUGUGACCUCCUCCCUCCCCAGCUCAACUCCGCCACCGGAAUCGACGACGGCGACCGAGACCACUACUGAUGACACCAUUACCUCGACAACUGCUGAAGCCAGCGAGACUCCCAAGACAACCAUUACUUCUGGUUCCAAGACGACGUCUGCCCCCGUCCUCCACACUUACACUAGGACUCUUCCCGAUGGCGGCACCACCACGAUGACGUCCACCUCGUGGGUUGCCGUUCUGCCCACCAGCCAGGCCGAUGGAUCAAAGAGCCCCGACCUUCAGAACGCUGCAUCCGUCCCCCGCGGCCAGGUGCUGCUGCCUGCUGCCAUUGGCCUCCUUGCCGGUGCUGUUCUGAUGGUUUAA